UGUCAAAAUGGCUUCUGCUCUUCCUCCUCGUAUUUUGAGAAAUGAUCACCAGAAAACUCAGAAAGACCGACCGUCUCUCGAUACCCUGAUACAAAUGGGUUUUACAAAACAAAGGGCGGAAAAGGCCCUUGCAGCAACAGGGGACCGGGGAGUGCAGCUGGCGUCAGACUGGUUAUUGUCUCACGUGAAUGAUGUUACUCUGGACCAGAAUAUUCCCCGAGAGUAUGUCCUCUAUCUGUGCCCCGUUGGUCUGCUGCAGCAUGAGCUCUCCAACUUCUGGGAGAAGUCCCUUUCUACAACAGGAUGGAAUGGAGCGCAUGCCUACUUCCCUCAUAUAACCCUCACCAACAUGUUCAAGGCUGAAGAUAACAAGGUGUCCUAUCUCACCAAAUGUCUGUCUCGACUGGAAGACAAACUGAACAAAGCUCCAGGAAAACUUACACUGGACUUCUUUGCACAGAAGAGUUUUAUAGGCCUGUUUGUCAGUGAGCCCUACUUCCAGUAUCUACAAGAUGUUGUCACCCAGUUCUCCGAGGAAGUCAGAAAGGCUGGCAUCGUGGUGGGGGAGAACAAGAAGCAGCUGCAUCUGUCUCUGUCCUACCAGUACCAGGAUGAGAACCACGAAGUCCUGCUGAAGAAGGCCAAGGAAAUGAACCUGUCAGCAGCAGCGCGGUGGGAUGUCCGCUUGUACUCUCGAGACCCGAGAGUUGGACAGAGCGAGGUACGCAAGGUGUUGAAGGCAUAUGCCCCUCUGUUAACUGAUGAGCUGGAACUCAUCGAUCAGGACUUUGUGUUCAUGGACCCUGAGGAAGUAAGUCGCAGUAAGGAUGGAUGGUUCAAAGGCACUUCCUGGCUGACCGGGAACACUGGAAUGUUCCCGGGGGUGUUCACGACACGCACAGCCGAAACAUGGACGUGGACACUGCAUCGGUCAUUGCCUUUGCAUGAAUAUCAUCCAAAGAGUGGUCAGACAGCAUCGGGAGUGACAACAAACGGUUCAGUCGAGGGGGACUAUGACAAUCUCUGGCAAGAAGAAAAGAAUGAAGACAUGUACGCCAAGGUGAUCAAGAACAAGAAGCAGAAGGAUGCUGCAGCCCAGAACAAGAGUCCCAGGAAGCUUUUCAUCAUGCGGCAUGGGGAAAGAUGUGACUUUGUUUUCGGCCGUGACUGGUGUGACAAGUGCUAUGACGAAGUGGGUAACUACAAACGAGUUAACCUCAACCUCCCUAAGAAAAUGAUGACCCGAAACACCUACCUGGAGUACAUAAAAGACUGCCCAUUGACUGAGAUGGGUAAGGUACAAGCACAUCUUACAGGGGAUGCUCUGAAGACAGCUUCUGUACCCAUCUCCUUUGUGUACUGCUCCCCAGCGCUAAGGUGUGUACAGACAGCCUCAGAAGUCGUGAAAGCUUUGGGCCUGUCCUGUAAGAUCUGUAUUGAGCCAGUGUUGUUUGAGUGGCUGGGAUGGUACAACCCUGUCAUACCCAAGUGGAUGAGCCCAGCGGACCUGGCUAGGAACAGCUUCAACAUCGACACUUCACACGUACCGUUCAUGGACGUCAAGAAGCUGAAUGUCGAGGAGAGUGUUGAUGAGUUCUACACAAGAAAUGCAAACUUCGUCAAGUAUGCUCUCCGCAAACAUGAACCAGAAGGUGGGAAUGUCCUGAUGGUCGGACAUGCAGGAUCUCUGGACGUAUGUUCCCGACAGCUGUGUGGGAAACCUGUACGGAAAGCUUCCGAGUUUCACCAGCUGUUGUCAGGCGUGGCAUAUUGUGCUGUUGCCAUGUGUGAAGAGAAUCCUGUCAACAAAGUGUGGGAGUUGAAGGAACCGUCUGUUGUACCUCUGUGUCAUGGGACCAACAAGUUGUACAGCUGGAAACUCAUACAGUGAUACAUAGAUACAUAGGUACAAACACGCAGUGAUACACAGAUACAUAGGUACAAACACACAGUGAUACACAGAUACAUAGGUACAAACAGGCAGUGAUACACAGAUACAUAGGUACAGACAUACAUAGGUACGCAGGUACAGACAUACACAGAUACAUAGGUACAAACAUGCAGUGAUACACAGAUACAUAGGUACAAACACACAGUGAUACACAGAUACAUAGGUACAAACAGGCAGUGAUACACAGAUACAUAGGUACAAACACGCAGUGAUACACAGAUACAUAGGUACAAACAUGCAGUGAUACACAGAUACAUAGGUACAGACAUGCAGUGAUACACAGAUACAUAGGUACAAACAUGCAGUGAUACACAGAUACAUAGGUACAGACAUGCAGUGAUACACAGAUACAUAGGUACAAACAUGCAGUGAUACACAGAUACAUAGGUACAGACAUACAGUGAUACACAGAUACAUAGGUACAAACAUGCAGUGAUACACAGAUACAUAGGUACAAACAUGCAGUGAUACACAGAUACAUAGGUACAGACAUACAUAGGUACAGACAUACACAGAUACGCAGGUACAGACAUACACAGAUACAUAGGUACAGAUAUACACAGAUACAUAGGUACAGACAUACACAGAUACGCAGGUACAGACAUACACAGAUACAUAGGUACAGACAUACAGUGAUACACAGAUACAUAGGUACAAACAUGCAGUGAUACACAGAUACAUAGGUACAAACAUGCAGUGAUACACAGAUACAUAGGUACAGACAUGCAGUGAUACACAGGAGUGAUACAGACAAGCAGACUUAUUAAUUCAUCCAGCAGGUGUGCCCACAACAGGCAAUGUUGAAAUAAACCUCUAUUUGAGAUUUUUUUUUAAAUCCUGUCAAAUUGAAUGUUUUUGAUGUUCUUUGACAAUACAAUGACAGCACAUUGAGUACAUUAUUACUAACACAUUAAGUGCGUUUUUCAACUUAACGUGAACAAUACAAGGAGAUGCCUGUAUGUGGUCUUCAUAUACUAUUUCAGCUUAACAUUAUUCCUUUUGAGUCUUUGUGUAGACUUUGCCUCCCUCUUUAUCCUGACAUACUGUCCGAGUAAAUCUGUUAAAUAACAAAUAGAUUGAUCUGGAUUGAAAAAUUAGCUUAUUUUAGAAGAAUAGUUUGAUGUAAGCAUGGCUGCAUCCACAGAAGACCCAUUGGGUGUGUUGGGCCAGUGUGCAUGUCAUCGGCUACUUGACUAGUGGACUAGUGGAGUGAGCAUUGGGGCGUCACACUGUGACUAUGGCAUUGGUGGUACACACCUGUGAAUAGUAUUUUCAAGAGCCAAAUAGAACAUGUGCUAAGAUAACAAACAAAAAUUGUAAAUGAUUUAUUACCAUAUUUCGUAUGCAGCACCUCUUUUAUAACAUCAUCAAUAAUUUUAUUCAACACUAUUACAGUU